AUGCGGGCGUUGCGCCUGGUGUGCGUCCGAUCCUGGCUGAAACAGGGAUUAGAGGAGGAUCAAGCGGCCCCCUGCGGACCCUCCCCGGCCGCCUCCUGCCACUUCCUCGUGCGCGCAGAGCCGUCGAGCCAGCCUGGCGCGCCGUCCGACCCCGACGGCCCGGAGGAGGAGGAGGAGGAGGACCCUGCCCUGGCCGGCCCGUCGGCGCGCACCGCGGCCCUGGGGGGACCCGUCGGGGGGGCGGCCGGCGCCCCUCCCCUCCGCCGACCGCCCGACGCCCCCCCGACGGCCAACGCCAGCCGCCUCUUCCCCUUCUUCUCGGAGUUCAAGGGCGCCGACCGCGUGGCCCUCACCGCCCUGGAGACGGCGGCGCUGGCGCUGCUGCUGGCGCUGGCCCUGGCCGCCAACGCGUGGGGCAUCGCGCUGCUCCUGCGCCGCCGCGGCCGCCGCCUGCGCGCCUCGGGCUGCCUGGUGCUCAACCUCUUCUGCGCCGACGUGCUCUUCGUGGGCGCCGUGCCGCUGGUGCUGGUGGUGCGCUGGACGGAGAGCUGGACGCUGGGCGAGCCCGCCUGCCACCUCCUCGUCUACCUGAUGGGCCUCAGCGGCAGCGUCGCCAUCCUCUCGCUGGCCGCCGUCAGCCUCGAGCGCGCCGUCAGCAUCGUGCGCCUCCGGCCCCUGCGGCCCUGCCCCGGACGCCUCCUGGCCGCCGCCCUGCUCGCCAUCUGGGCCUUCUCGGCCCUGGCCGCCCUGCCGCUCUCCCUCUUCUUCACCGUCGUGCCCGUGCGCGCCGAUGGCCAGGAAGCAUUCAUUUGCACCCUGAUAUGGCCCAGCACUGCCGGAGAAAUUGCUUGGGAUAUCUCCUUUACUGUUGUAGUCUUCCUGAUACCGGGACUAGUAAUCGUCAUCAGUUACUCAAAGAUUUUACAGAUUACGAAAAAAUCGAGGAGUCGUCUACAUGCCAGCAUGGCCUAUUCGAAGAGAAACUACAUCCAAGUUUCCCGUCAAGACUUCAGACUGCUGCGGACUCUCUUUGUACUGAUGAUCUCUUUCUUUGUCAUGUGGAGCCCGAUAAUCAUCACCAUUCUCCUCAUUUUGGUACAGAGAUUUCAUCCCGACGUGGCCAUUUUGCCUUCUGUGUUCUUCUGGAUCAUGGCAUUCACAUUCGCCAAUUCAGUGGUUAAUCCUGUUUUAUAUAAUGUAGUUCACUUCAGACGUGAGUGGAGACAACUCUUUUUCUGUUGCCCAGGUCCACCUGGAAGAAAUGAGACUGCAACAGAUACGACCCCCAGGAACAAUAACCAUGGACCUGUUAUGUUGUCUGUUGUUACCAGAUAG